AUGCCAGAAGAGUUUUACACGCCACCGGGUAUCUUCAGGCAACCUGCAAUACACUUUAGAAGAGAUGAGACAAAGCCCAGGUUCCCUGCCUUAAAUACUCACAAGAAGUCCUGGCAAAAUGAUACAGCCCGCAUGAAAUCACCGUUGCUUCGCAAAGCGUCAGGCGAUAUGAACGAUUUCUACACAACAACGCAGCUGCGUAGUGAAUUUUGGUCACUUUCACAACUUUCCGGCACAGCUUCUUUUAGCACGUCGUUGUCAAGUUGCGAUAAUGUAAUUCUUACUUCAAAUAUGGGAACGAAAGACAACCUUAGGAUGUUCAAGCUUAGCACAAUCAACGCCGAUUACAGGGAGUCGGUUCGGCUCACGGAACUGCAAAGCAUCUCGAUUCCGGGCAAAAGCGUGACUGCGUCAUGCUUGUUACCAAGGUCCUUCACGAACUCAAAGCAAGGGCCCAACCACGAUAGGUUGUUGUUGGCAGGCCAGCAAGAUGGUGUUGUUAAUUUGAUUUCAACUUCUGAGUUUCAUGGCGAUGCCAAGAUCAUCAAACGUUUCAACCACGGCAAAUACCUUAGAUCGACGCAGAGCGACAGUCUGGACUCGUGGCUCAAAGCUAAGCGGUCAACUCCAAUUAAGCAGGUGAUCGCAUGGGACAGCAAAGGUUUCGCAUCUAUCAUUAAUGAAUCUUUAUUCAUCUAUGAUACGAACCAGCACCGGCUGCCAUUGUACCUACAGAGCUUUGAUGGCUUGGAAGCAAUGGAUUCAAACCCUUAUAAUAACCAACUUUUGGCUUUAGCUGGAUCUCGUUUCGGUACUAGCGGCUUGUCGCUUCUGGAUUUGAGAAGCGGGUGUGGUUAUGGUAACCUUUACAGCCCCGACCCCGAAUCGUCGGGUCAUCCUGGUGUUUCCACGAAUUGCAUUUGGCUUGAUGAGUAUACUGUUGCAAACACGAUUGCAAGUAGCGUCAAGUUAUGGGACAUAAGAACUCCCGGCACGAAAUGUAUUAUCAAUGGACACAAAGGCUUCGUCGAAGCCCUCAAAUAUGACAGUGUUAACCAGCGGCUUUUCAGUUCCGAUGACCAGGGCUACACUAUCGCAUGGGACUUAAAGGAUCUCAAGAAUGCCAAAGAGUGUCACCUCGCGACAGGGCUUCAAUCUAUCGGCGAGAAGGACGUUGCAGACGUUAGACAGUGCGGGAACGUGGUUGUGAUUCCAGAUUCACUCAGAAGCUCGACGACAACCUCAUCAAAUGAUACCCUCGGAUCUGGAAUUUCAAGCUUCACGUUUCUUGACACUCUCCCAGAUGGAUCUCUGCUAACCUUGGAUUCUAAAGAAAUCGGGUUACACUCGAUAAAUGACGUUGAGAGGCCAUUUAUACCACCAAGAAACCCACGCAGGUUGCUUUCAAAACCAGAACUGGAAAAUCCAGAAACCGAUGCUACUCUUCAUGAAGACUACGCCAAUUCGACCUGGGAAGAUACUUCCGACGCGACUGUUGAAGGCGACGAAUUCACCACGCCCAAGAAAGGACAGCUUAGUCCCGUGCUGAUUCAGGAAAAACUACACAAAACCCAAAAUCCAAGCAUUUAUUCACUAAAAGACUUAGAACUAAGCGGUUCAACGAUAUAUAACGAGCGUAUAGUACACGAUGGCCUCAUUGUGUGA